AUCUCAAAAUGGAAAAUAAGAGGCUUAGGAAUCUUAAAUCCUAAGCCACAAAUAUUAACGGUAUUUCUUCAUUUUUUUUUUGCUUAAAAAAGAUAACGAAGGGAAAAUUCAGUUAAAAAAUUUAAAAGUUAAAAACAUUGAUUCGUUGUUUCGAAGCAAAAAUCAGAUUCUAUUCUCCUAUGAGAAACCUUUACAAUGGCGUCAACUCCCACUCCUCCUCCUUCCUCUUAUCCAAAUACACUCCAAUUUUCUGUUAAAUCUCCGUCUCCGUUCGUACAUUAUCUUCUCUUCCGCUCUCGAUGGCGAAAUGAUUCUACGAUUUCGGUUCAAAAGAGCGGAGUUCCUCCACUUCCGCCUCUAGUGAGACCGUCUUUUAAGAAGAAGUUCAAGUGCUUCGCUAGAUCAUCGUCAACGGAGGAAGAUCGUUUGAGAGAAUCGGAAACAUUGGCCGGUGAUAAUGAUGGUGAUGAUGAUGGAGGGAGGGAAGAUCCGAAGGUGCAGCAACGGCAGAGUGAUUCCUUCUUGCUUGGAAUUCGUGAACCUGUUUAUGAGGUGGUAGAGGUGAAGUCAAGUGGAGUAUCAUCUAAAAGGAAGAUAAGCCGACGUCAAUUAUUGAAAUCAAGUGGUGUUCGUCCAAGAGAUAUCCGCAGUGUUGAUCCAUCAUUAUUUUUGACAAAAACGGCACCAUCUCUUUUGGUACGUGAGCAUGCCAUUCUACUUAAUCUGGGAUCAUUACGAGCAAUGGCAAUGAAAGACCGUGUUCUUAUAUUCAAUUAUAAUAGUAAAGGAGGAAAAGCUUUUAUUGACACAUUAUUGCCACGACUGAAUAACAUGAAUGGAGCGCAGUGUAUGCCAUUCGAGCUUGAGGUUGUUGAAGCAGCAUUACUUUCAUGGAUACAGCGUUGGGAACGGAAACUAAUGAAUUUAGAACCUCGUGUUCAAGCUCUACUUAAGAUGUUUCCUAACAAAUUAACUGGUGACAUAUUGGAGCAACUUCGAAUUAGCAAGCAGACUUUGGUUGAAUUGGGUUCAAAAGCAGGUGCUCUUAGACAAAUGCUGCUUGAUCUUUUGGAAGAUCAGGAUGAAAUACGUCGAAUAUGUAUUAUGGGAAGGCGUUCUACUCUUAAAAGGGAAAAUGAUGAUGUGGAAAGUUCUUUACCUUCGGGAAAGCUGAUUGCUGAAGAACAAGUGGAAGAGAUUGAGAUGCUUUUGGAAAAUUAUCUUCAAAGAUGUGAAUCUUGCCAUGGUCAGGCAGAAAGGCUUCUUGAUUCUGCAAAAGAAAUGGAAGAUUCUAUGGCAGUCAACCUAAGCUCCCGGAGACUUGAGGUAGGCAGAGUGGAAUUACUUCUUCAGGUUGGAGCAUUUUGUAUAGGAGUUGGUGCUCUAGUUUCAGGUAUAUUCGGCAUGAACUUGAGGUCCUAUCUGGAAGAACGUGUGUUUGCCUUCUGGAUAACCACAGCCGGGAUUAUCUUUGGUGCUACAGUGACAUUUUUUCUCAUGUAUUCAUACCUCAGGAGAAGGAAAAUACUGUGAUUUAGUAUAGGUGAAUUGGAAAGCAAAGCUUGUUGUCCCCAAACAAGUAGGGGCAAGCUUUUAUGAGAUCCUAUAAUGGUGUUACCAAAGUGCACGAAUGAUUGCUAUCACUAUUACUAUUAUUACUAUACUGAUAGGUAAAUAACUGGAUAUAUAUAUAUAUAAUAUAUGUAUAUACACAAGAAAUUUGUUUAGGCAGAUCUCAAAAUAAUUGUGCUUCCAUGUAGCUGCGGAGUGACCGUUCUAUUGGGACCCCCUUUCAACUGCAAUGCGUUUUUAGCAUGCAGACAAUGAUGAGAGAGAGCCGCAGUGCUCAAUUUUGUUCUCCGUGAAAAGGCUGGCAAUUCCACAACUAAA